AAGAUUUCAACACAAAGAUCGUCAACUUGUAACUUCACCUAUUUACUACAUUCUUCUAACAUGCCCAGUAUCAUGUUGCGCUUUUGCGAUUCUGUUUGAAGCCCUUGCGUUGUUUUCGUUUGACAAGACAUGGCUCGUACGAAGCAAACUGCUCGUAAAUCGACUGGAGGAAAGGCUCCGAGGAAGCAACUCGCCACUAAGGCCGCGAGGAAAUCUGCUCCGACCACCGGAGGAGUGAAGAAGCCUCACCGCUACCGUCCUGGAACCGUCGCCCUUCGUGAAAUUCGCAAGUACCAGAAGAGCACGGAGUUGUUGAUCCGUAAGCUUCCGUUUCAGCGUCUUGUUCGUGAAAUUGCCCAGGACUUCAAGACGGAUCUGAGGUUCCAGAGCCAUGCGGUGUUGGCUCUUCAGGAG